CUUCCAGGAAAAGACUGCGAGCUCUCCCACGCAUGCCCUCAGUUUGGCUCCAUCUACCACGUCAAAGGAGUCAUUAACUUGCCCUAUGCCGAGAUCGAGGAGCCCUUCGAAGCCUGGUACAACCUGACGGGAAACAAGAGCCGGAUCCAGUAUUACGGGGGGCAGGUGAUAACCUACCAGUUUGGCUUGGUGAAGCCCUAUGGGAUGCGGUACAAGAUCACACCAGAAACCACCGAGAAAGAAGUGAACACUAGGAAAUGCUUCCAGCUGCCGGGCUCCAAGGAGGACGUGGUCAAGGCUCAGAGCGUCUUCCCCAGCAUGGACGGCUUCAAGUUUGUGCGGGAGGAGUACUACCGGGGCCGGUACUGCGCCAUGUGGCAGAACGUCACCCGCUGGGCGCAGAAGAAGAACGUGUACACCAUGUGGGUGACCAACUCGAGCUGCGGCGUGGUGCCCGUCCACUACGAGAUGCGGGGCUACAACAGCCUGCUGGGCUCCCACUACGACAAGUACGAGAUCGCCUACAGCGACUUCGACAACAGCUUCCCCCCCUCCAUCUUCGACCUGCCCGGUAACGAGACCAAGCAGUGCGGGGGCCUGCCGGGGAGCGCGGUGGAGCACCGGGUCCUGGCGAACCCCAUGGAGGACUUGGUGGGACGGCACCAGCCCUGGGCCCACGAGGUGUUUCACCACUACAGGAAGCAUUUCGGCCGGCGGUACGGCUCGGCGCGGGAGAUGGAGCACAGGCAGCAUGUCUUCGUCCACAACAUGAGGGAGGGGCUGCACCCCCCCCCCCCCCCCCCCCAGCCGCAUCAGCAAAAUAACGCAGGACGCGCGGUGACACCCGUGAAGGACCAGGCCGUCUGCGGGUCCUGCUGGAGCUUCGCUACGACGGGCGCCAUGGAGGGGGCCCUCUUCCUCAAGGCGAGCGGGGCUGGGGCGCUGACCCCCCUGUCCCAGCAAGUCCUCAUCGACUGCUCCUGGGGCUUUGGGAACUAUGCGUGCGAUGGGGGCGAGGAGUGGCGUGCCUACGAGUGGAUCAAGAAACACAGUGGCAUCGCGAGCACUGAGUCCUAUGGCACCUACAAGGGGCAGAAUGGCUUGUGCCACUACAACCAGUCUGAGAUGCUGGGCAAGAUCACAGGCUAUGUCAACGUCACCUCGGGCAACAUCACAGCUGUCAAAGCUGCUAUCUACAAGCACGGCCCCGUGGCAGUGAGCAUCGAUGCCUCACACAAGACCUUCUCCUUCUACUCCAAUGGCAUCUACUAUGAGCCAAAGUGUGCAAACAAGCCGGGUGAGCUGGACCACGCGGUGCUGGCUGUGGGCUACGGUGUGCUUCAGGGAGAGACCUACUGGCUGAUCAAGAACUCCUGGUCCACGUACUGGGGCAACGAUGGCUACAUCCUUAUGGCUAUGAAGGACAACAACUGUGGUGUGGCCACUGAAGCCACCUACCCCAUCCUGGCCUGAAGGGCCACCUCACCGCCCUCCUGGGGCAGAGUAACUCCCCUUGGGGGGGAGGAUCAAACCCUUUGGGGAGCGCAGCAAGGUGAAGGAAGCUGAGGCUGGGGUGGGGAAGGUGGACGAGGUGCUGGACAACACAGUCUCUGUUCUUCA